AUGGAUAUCCAGAUUGAAGCCAGAGGGCAGUGGCUCCUAAAGGAGAUCCCUGUAGACAGCAUGGAUUACCUUGUGCGCUUAAGUUCCCCUGCGCGCCCAGACCCAGCCAAGCAGGUUUGUAGCUCGCCCUGUCGGGCGGCCGUCGACAAGAGCGCCCUGGAGCGGAGACCGAAGGUGCGGGGGGCUCCUGCGAGCCGGCCACUGCUCGCGUUGCUGAUGCUCCCGCUCCUGCUGCCGCCGCCCGCCGGCGCCUGGUACAAGCACGUGGCGAGUCCCCGCUAUCACACCGUGGGCCGGGCAGCCGGCCUGCUCAUGGGGCUGCGCCGCUCGCCCUACCUGUGGCGUCGCGCUCUGUCUCCAGCCGCCCGGCCCCUCGCCUGGAGUGCCCUCUCACCCGGGCCGGCUGCCCGCGAUGCUCUCCUGCUUCCCUCGGGGCUUCAGGAGUUGUGGGACACGAGAUCUAGGAGCUCCCAGGCGGGACUCCCAGUCAUCCGUGCGUCUCGGAGCCCACGCGGGGAGCUGCCAUCUAUACUGGAGCUGCGUUUGGGUCCCACUCAGCGGAGCGGAGCACGUACGUGA